AUGACACUCGGCACCGAAACAAUCAGCCUCCUCCGCCAGAACCUCGACGCACUCACCUCCAUCAUCCUGCCGGGCGCCAUGACACAGGACGAGCGCAAGACCGCGCUGCACACGCUCAUGAUGACCGCCGAAGCAGGUGCCAAGCUCGCGGAAGCCGUGCAUGUGGAAGCGCUGACAACCCACCACACGUCGGGCGCGCCGGGGGUGGAGGCGCUGAUCAACGGGAAGAAUGGCGCUGCGGCGAAGACGGAGACGGAGAAGCAGGUCGGUGGAGUGGCUGGGGGGCUGUUUGGAGGGGGGGGCGGGGGAGGUGUGAAGUCGGCCCCGCUGGUUACAGGUUUUGCUGGUCUUGGUUCUUUUCGUUCUGCCUCGCCCUGA